AUGACUCCGGAAACACAUUUACAGCAGCUGCAUCAGCAACAUCAGCAACAUCAAUCAUACCAAUAUGAUUUGAAUGAAGCGAAAACUGAAAUUUCACAAACUAGCGUUGUUACCGUUGAUAAUUCAUUGAAUCUAGCUGAUGAAAAGCCUCCUCGUAAAUUCAUGUGGUGGAUUCCUCUACAAAGCCACGUACACCCACUGCAGUUCUUUGCCUUUAUCGUUGCUGUGUUUGUCUCCUUAUCCUUGAUCGUUUAUAUUGCUGGUACCCAGAAUCAAAUCAUCAUGGGUGUUUUGGGCAUUACUACUGACACUGGCGACAUUACCGGUUCUCUGUCUCUCUACUCUGAAAUCAUGUCUCUGAUUGGCGUCGUUAUUUGGUCUAUGGCUUCAGACCGUAUUGGUCGUCGUGGCGUCAUGGCCAUGUCCAUCUUUUUGAUGGGUAUGUGCAUCGUUGCUUAUCCUCAUGUUCACAAUGUCUAUCCUGACAUGCUUUUGAUCAAGUUGGUCUUCUCCAUUGGUUCUGCUGGCUCAACGUCAAUGAUGGUCGCCAUGAUGAUGGAGGUUGCCUAUGGUAAAGGAGGUCUUGUCUCUGGUUGUAUCGGUAUUGCCUCUGGUCUCGGUGCUACUUUUGCAGCUCUAUGUUUGUUCAUGGUGCCAGCCUAUCUGUCCAUAAGAUAUCCUGGCAACAACACGGGAUUGAAGUAUUCUCACAGUGCCAUCGGUGGCUCUUCAAUGGCUCUUGCAAUUAUCCUCUUCUUUUGCAUGCCUAAAGAUGCGUGUACCCGUCCUCCAGUAAAUCAUAUCAAGGGCUGGGUUUUGAAGCUCUACAAAGGUUUGCAAGCAGUUAAAGAGCCUCGCAUUGCAUUGGGCUAUGCCUCCAGUUUCUUUGCUCGUGCAGAUGAAAUCAUUAUCACCAACUUCUUGUCCCUAUGGGUUGCUCAAUAUUAUGUAGAAAGCGGUAAAUGUGUAGCCGGCAAAACUUGUCUUUAUGCUAUGGCUUCUUCAUCUUCUCUCUCCGGUUAUUCCCAGUUAGUUGCCUUAUGUGCUACUCCAUUUUUCUCGCUUGCUUCCGAAUAUAUUCCCAAGGAAUGGGCCGUCUUUAUUGCUGGUGUUGUCGGUGCAUGUGGCUGCAUUCCAUUCUCCUUUUCGAUUGAUCCCACAUCUAAGCUAUCUCUUGGUUUUGUCAUCUUGAUUGCUUGUGGCCAAUAUGGUAUGAUCAUCUCUGGUAUGGCUAUGGUGGCUGGCAACUAUAUUAAGAGAGAAGAACAUGCUGCCAUCUCUGCGACAUACUCCUUUAUUGGUGCUCUUGGUAUCAUUAUCGUAUCCAAGGUUGGUGGUGUUCUGUUUGACGACUGGAUGAAGGGUGCACCCUUCUUGCUUUUGGGUAUUGGUCACUGCCUGAUCAUGCUCUUGUCAGCAAUUGUCUAUGUGCAUCGCUUCAUUAUCGAGCGUAAAGAAAAGAAGCAGCAGCAGCUGUUCAACAAGGAGAAUAAUCCUACUUAUAUUCCAAACUAA